AUGUCUUCUCUUUCCAACUCUACUUAUCCUAUCAUAUUCGAAGGCUGGCUCCUCAAGCAGCGACAAAACAUACGCAAAGCUUAUAUUCGACGUUACUUUGUCCUGACAGAUUGUGAAUUAAGAUAUUACAAGAAUGAGACCGAUACUACACCACAAAACAUCCUCAGUCUAUUUAAUUAUCAAGUUGACAAUACCUACUAUUCACGACAAUCACCAAACACCUUCAGGCUUAUCUCGAAUGAUGACACAAAGAAUAAAUUCCCAGAUUUCAACCUCCAGGCCGAGACGGAACAGGCAAUGAACGCAUGGAUAGACGCUUUACAAAGGCACUCGAGCGGCUCAAAUGUUCUUGACAAAUGGCUCGACUUAUACGAUAUCUCUACAAACACAAACACAAACACAAACACAAUGGACACAAGCCCAUCCUCUUGUAGAUUAAGCCAUUCAGGAUCGAUCACUAGCACAUAUAGCAACCAAUCAAAUACACAUUCUACAUACUCUGCCGCAAGUCCUGUAUCAAUUGAGAAUCCUUAUCCCCAUAGCAGUCGCCUUGGCAGUGAAAAACCACCAAGAAAACUGACUUCCUUUUUUCAGUUUAUUUGGCCACGAAAAAGCUCAAAACCUCGCUCAACACAUGAAUCUCAUAUGCAAAGUCAAUUUAGCUCUCCUACGCCACAACUGUCCACCUCUACACAAAAUACAAGCCCAAUAACUGUAUCUUUACCAUUCCAACAAUCUAUUAUUCAUCCGAGUGAAUACAAUCGUGAAGAUGAUUGCUUCCAUCCCUAUGCUCUUACUUCAUAGAGCAUAUAUAUAUAUAUUUAUACAUUUAUACAUAUUUAUCUAUAUAUCUAGCUAUCUAUAUAUUUAUUUGCCCUUCUUUCCUUCCGCUGUAUAUAAUAAUCUCAUCCAAUAACACUUCCCCUCCCCCUUUUGUAUGAUAGUACCACUAAGAGAAAAAUCUUAAUAAAUCACCAUAUGUCGCCAUCAAUUCACGUUCUUUGCACCUUUUGAUUUUAUUGUUUUUUUUAGGGAGGAUGAUAUGCAACAAAUUAAUGUAAAAAAAAAUAUUGCUCGGCUCUGAUACCAUAACUUUAUAAAAAAAUAAAGUUCUCUUCCGCUAAUAAACUUGGCUAAUAUAAUUCAAUU